AUGCAGAAAUCUAGUUUUAUAUGGGCGUUGAUUUUCGGUGUGUUCGCACUAUGGCUCCAAGUGCCUAGUGUCCAGGCUUGGUCGUACACCAUGACACCGUUGUACGAGUUCACGCCUACGUGCACGCCGACGCCAAUGUGUACGCCCACACCCACUUGUACGCCGACGCCGACCUGCACACCCGUCUUCGAGCCAAAGCACUAUCACGAGUACGUGCUCUGUGGCGACUAUACCCAGACUGGAGACAUUGAAAAAUGUGAAAAAUACGGAUGUCGCUGGAUUCCGACCAAUUACUGCGGACUGGAAAACGAAUGGGCCCAGUACAAAGGCGUCUGCGUGGUGAUCCCGAACAAGGCCCCCGAAUGCCAGAAUAUUCCAUACUUCAAGCGCAUCAACUGCGGAUACGAUGGAAUCACGCCGCAUGAGUGCGCCGAGCGCGGUUGCUGCUGGGAAGGCGGCCCGAAUCGUUACAACUGGUGCUACUACCCUCGCAAGUGCCGCGAUGUCUGCGUCGAGGAGGUCACAGCCGAGGGAGAAGUCUGUGUGGAAUGGACCAAGCCCAAAGGUUACGGCAAGCAGGAAGAGAAACCGGUCUGCAUCAAGUGGAAGCCCAAGACCAAGUGCCUCAAAUACGUCAAAGAAUGCAGUGACGAGUGCUACAAACCCUAG